AUGUCGCGAUUCCAAAAUAUUAUCGACCUCCCACCGGACGCUGCCUUCUCUUUGGUAGAAGCAUACGCACACGAUCCAUUUCAGCAGAAAGUCGACUUGUGUCCUGGGUUUUACCGAGACGAGAACGCGCAGCCAUGGAUACUUCCCUCAGUUGCCCGAGCAAAGGAGCUUCUGCACGACGACUCAACCAUCAACCAUGAGCAUCUGCCUCUUUCCGGGCAUCCUGAACUCGUGUCAGGUGCAAGACGACUAGUAUUCGGUACUGAGAAUGUUGAUGUGUUCGACCGGAUCGCCUCCAUCCAGACUAUAGGAGGGACCGGAGCAAACCACUUGGGAGCGCUGUUCUUGUCCAAGACCCUUCAACCUGCGAACGUCUGGAUCCCUAAUCCGAGCUGGAUCGCGCAUCCCCAGAUCUGGGAGCAGCUAGAUGGAAGCACAAGUGUCCACUUCUAUCCAUACUUUGACAAGAAAGACCAUUCGUUGAAUUUCAACGGGAUGAUUCAUACUCUGCAGAACGAGGCAUCUGAGAAUGAUGUAGUGGUGCUGCACGGUUGCGCUCAUAAUCCGACAGGCAUUGACCUAGCUGAGGCGCAGUGGAAGGAAGUUGGCGCUAUCUGUGCGGAAAAGCGUCUUUUCCCGCUGAUAGACCUUGCCUAUCAAGGAUUUGCCACAGGAGACCUUGAAAAUGAUGCAUGGCCUAUAAGAAUGCUGUUUAAGGGCGGGAAUGUCGAAUUCGCCGUGGCACAGUCAUUCUCGAAGAACUUCGGCCUAUAUGGAGAACGCGUCGGGGUGCUCCACCUUGUUACGCUCUCUGGUGAAGCGAAGACAAAAGUGAUCCCACAGUUAGAGCGACUGCAGAGAUCGGAGAUAACAACUGCUCCGUCGUACGGCGCUAGAAUUAUAUCCAGUGUUCUGGAAGAUGAGGACAUUCGUCGACAAUGGCAGCAAGACUUGCUUCAUAUGAGUGGCAGAAUGCAAGCCAUGAGAGAGCGUUUGUACAAGCUUUUGGCAGAGCUCAAAACACCUGGGUCCUGGGAACAUCUAUUGUCUGAGAAAGGAAUGUUCUCCCUCACUAGUCUGUCUCGACAACAGGUCAGUAUACUGAGGGAAAAGUAUCACGUGUACAUGCUCCCCUCUGGGAGGAUCUCAGUCACUGGAUUGACGGAGUUCAAUGUGGAAUAUGUCGCACAGUCUUUUGACAGUGUGAUAAAGAAAACUGCCUCCCUCUGA